AUGGAGUCAUCUUUCUCAUUUGGAGUGAUCCUUGCUAUCCUGGCCUCCCUCAUUAUUGCUGCUAAUGCCCUAGUGGUCAUGGCUGUGCUGUCGUUGAUCCACAAGAAUGAUGGUGUCGGUCUCAGCUUCACCUUGAAUCUGGCUGUGGCUGACACCUCGCUUGGCCUGGCCAUCUCUGGCCUAGUCACAGACCAGCUCUCCAGCGCGGCUCGGCCCACACAGAAGACCCUGUGCAGCCUUCAGAUGGCAUUUGUCACUUCUUCUGCAGCUGCCUCUGUCCUCACGGUCAUGCUGAUUGCCUUUGACAGGUACCUUGCCAUCAAGCAGCCCCUCCGCUAUUUCCAGAUCAUGAACGGGCUCAUGGCCGGGGCCUGCAUUGCCGGGCUGUGGUUGGUGUCUUACCUCAUUGGCUUCCUCCCACUCGGGGUCCGCGUAUUCCAGCAGACCGCCUACAAGGGGCCCUGCAGCUUCUUCGCUGUGUUUCACCCGCGCUUCGUGCUGACCCUCUCCUGCGUUGGCUUCUUCCCAGCCCUGCUCCUCUUUGUCUUCUUCUACUGUGACAUACUCAAGAUUGCUUCCAUGCACAGCCAGCAGAUCCGCAAGACAGAGCAUGCAGGAGCCCCAGCCGGGGCUCACCGGCCCCCACGGACCCCCAGUGACUUCAAGGCUGUCCGCACUGUGGCCGUUCUCAUUGGCAGCUUCACUCUGUCCUGGACCCCGUUCCUUAUCACUAGCAUUGUGCAGGUGGCCUGCCAGGAGUGCCACCUCUACCCAGUGCUGGAACGGUACCUGUGGCUGCUUGGUGUGGGCAACUCCCUGCUCAACCCACUCAUCUAUGCCUAUUGGCAGAAGGAGAUACGGCAACAGUUCUCCCAGAUGGCCCUGGGAAUGAAGAAGGGGCUCGCCGCAUUCCUCCUCCUUCUCUCAGCCAGGGAUGGUGGCCCACAGGGGCCCAGGGAAAGUGCCCGUCACAUCACCACCAUCUCCCACUCAGAGCUUGAUGGCUAA